AUGUCUGAAGCGCUUCUUAUUUCACAACAUUUGAAAUUUCUACGAGGACAUCUUGUUACGUUACCGGCCAGUUAUCGAAGUUUUGAUUCGAAUAGAGUAGCAAUUCUUUACUUCACUUUAUCGACACUUGAUGUGCUAGGAAAGUUAGAGGAAGAAGUGGAUGCAGAAUUAAGGACAAAAAUUAUCGAGUGGAUCUAUCGUUUACAGCUGAAAAGUGAUUCUGGUGAGGUUUUCUCUGGUAAAGAUAUCUGCGAAAUGCAAGCAAAUUGUGUGCUGUUUGUUUUGCUGGAGAAGUUUAUGUGUCUUUUCAGUGAUUUUUGGAUAUUUUUAAAACUCUUGCUGUAUGUUUUAGCUCAUUGCUUUUAG